AUGCCGAACGAAUACAACUCCAUCAAAAUCUUCGCGGAUUUAUCAGCGGACACUCUCCAAUUCAGGAAAUCAAUGGCGCCGAUCACCUCCACCCUGCGGGAGCAUGACCUGAAUUACAGAUGGGGAUUCCCUGCCAAACUUCUGAUCUCCCACCAAGGGGCCAUACACGCCAUCACGACCCUGAAGCAAGGCGUCCAGAAACUAAGAGAUUGGGGGCUUCCCCAACCGGCGACAGAACCAACUAAAACAUAAGUGCCCAAGAUGUCACUGGAAUGGACUGUCAAACGAAAGACUGCCCUUCCCCUGGAACACGCGUAACUAUUCCAUAACCACUGUGCAAGUUAAAAUGCUAGAACUUUCAAGUUACAGGGCUAUAGCUUAAUGCUUACUUAGCCAAAAUGUAUUUGUUAAUUAUUGUUAUACUUCAACCUACCUGACCUGCAACAAGCAGCAGUACUUGCUGGUUAGAAUGCGGCGCUGCCCAAUAAGCUUUUCUACUAUUCCCCCACGGGGGCGCAGGCAAGAUAACGGCACAUACUAGCCAUGAUGCCAUCCUAUAGCGAGGCUGUGUUUAGAAGUUUAUUGAGACUAACCCACUGUGAAGGCACAUUUUAAAACAUUGAUGUCACCUUAUAGCGAGGCUGUGUUUAGAAAAUUAUUAAGAUCAGUUUAAUGUUGUUCAUGACAUGUUAGUUUUGCAAUUUGAUGUUCAAAUGCUCUUUUGGUUUCAGGUGGAGGCUUACUAUGUGUAAAAACCUUAUCACCACUACCCCCACUAGACAGGCCUAUCUAUUAGGCGAGUCUCGAGGCUCCACUCCUCGGAGCCAAAUUGGGUGUGUCACCCACCAGUUUUUCCAGUUUUACCCCACCCACUUCCACCCUACCCAUUCUCUCCCCCAGUCACGAACACAAAGUAUGGCACAGCAGAACCGCCGCAGGCUUACCAAACUGACAUACUGCAAUGACCCAGCAGCACCAGUAGUAACCAAGCUCACGCUCCAUAGCAUCCCCUCCCUAUAUAUACAACCAUGGUUAAACUAAUAACGUAUAAUGUAAAAGGAUUGAACUCCCCGGGUAAACGCAGGCUACUACUGCAAGAUCUGAAAAACGAGGACAUAGACAUCGCGUGUAUCCAGGAAACACACUUCACCAACACCCGUACCCCUGCACUCUACACAAAAAUUUAUCCAACACAAUACCACGCUACUUCUGAUAAAAAGACGAAGGGAGUCUCUAUUCUCAUACAUAAAUCCAUAGCAUUUCAAGAAAAAGCAGUCUCUAUAGACCCCCAGGGAAGAUAUGUAAUACUAGUGGGUCUCUUCAAUAAUGUCCAAUAUACAUUGGCCUCUGUAUAUUUCCCCAACACUGGCUCAGAACAAUUCCUCAGACUCAUCCUCAAAGAGAUAGAUAAGGUGAGACAGGGGGGAUUGUUGAUGUGCGGGGAUUUUAACUUUAUAAUAUCCCCGGACUUAGACUCCACAGCACUAAGAGGCCACGAGCAAAUAUAGUAUCCAGGCAAAAAACUGUCUAGACUGACAUUAGUAUGAUAGCUGGAGAAUACUCCACCCAAGAGAACGGGAUUACUCCUUCCACUCCAAAGUACAUAGCACCUACACCCGCAUAGACACCUACUACGUAGACCAAUCUACAUUACCACAAGUAGCCAAAUGUACAAUGGGAGACAUUACGUGGUCUGACCACGGCCCGGUGUCCCUGGAUCUAUAUGAUAAAUAUCAGUUCAAAGGUAGAGGGAACUGGAGACUAUUACUAAAGACCUUCAGAAGGUAAACAUCAGCCUCGACCAUCUGGUCGGCCCAUAAGGUCGUUGUUCGCGGUUUAUUUAUUAGACAAUCCUCAUAUCUUAAAAAGCAUAGACAAGCGACCUUAAUGGAAUACCAACGGCAAUUAACACAAUUAACUACCCAAAAUAAGGGUGCCCCUUCUCGAGCCCUAGCACUACAAAUCCAAAAUCUGCUAGAUAAAAUCACCGAAUUACGAGCGGUCAAAACCUCAUACAUGUUACACAAGCUCAAAGCGACCCACUACCACCAUAGCGGGAAAGCCACCAAACUAAACAGGCUGAGAGCAAAGCUGGCAGCCACCAAAAUAGCGCAUAUUCAAGACCCAGAAGGUAACAAAAUACAAAACCCAAUGGAUAUCACUCAGGAGUUCGCCAACUAUUACUCCAGCCUCUAUAAUUUGGGCGAAAGACCAGAUACCCCCCCCAUCCAGGACAGUAACAUCACGGAGUUUCUAACCCGUCUACCCCUCCCCAAAAUAAACCACCACCAAAUAGAACAAUUACUCCAACCUAUUACUCUAUCAGAAGUACUCCAAACAAUAAGGAACCUCCCCCCAGGAAAAACCCCAGGAGCAGACGGCCUACCAAACCUGUAUUAUAAAACUUUUGCAGACAUAUUAGGCCCUAAACUUGUCCAAAUAUUCCAAGCAGCUUCUGACUCGGGAGAACUCCCUCCUGAGAUGCUACUAGCAACUAUAGUUACCCUGCCAAAACCUGGGAAACCCCCGGACCAAUGUAAAAAUUUUAGACCUAUCUCCUUAUUAAAUACAGACGCUAAGAUAUACGCAAAAAUCCUGGCCUCCAGACUGGGUAAAAUCCUGCCCUCAAUCAUAGACGAUGACCAAACAGGGUUCGUGAUGGGGAGACAGGGGUUAGACAAUACACGAAAACUGUCCCUAAUUAUGGAAAAAUUGAGAAGAUCAGGCCAAGGUGGGCUACUGUUAGCUCUGGACGCUGAAAAAGCGUUUGACCGCCUAGGUUGGUCCUUCUUGAAACAAGUCUUAUCGACAUUUGGAUUCCCACAACAGUUCAUUCAACAAGUAUUCGCCCUAUAUUCACACCCAAGGGCUCAGGUACUACAAGCAGGCUUCAAAUCAGACCCCUUUCGCAUUACAAACGGCACCCGACAGGGAUGCCCUCUGUCCCCCCUGUUGUACGUACUGGCCCUGGAGCCCUUACUAAUAGCCAUUAGAUCCCAUCCAGACAUUGAAGGCGUAAAUUGGCACGGCCGCCAAAUCAAGAUUAGUGCAUUUGCGGAUGAUAUCCUUCUAUAUGUUUCCCAUCCUGUUACCUCCCUACCACACAUAAUGCACCUUAUCGAGGAAUAUGGUGGUCUCUCAUACUACUCCUUAAACACUUCCAAAACACAAGCAUUAGGGUUACGCCUAGAUCCCCCAGCCCUCACACAGCUACGUAAAACCUACCAAUUCGAAUGGCGCACGAACGAUAUUAAAUACCUAGGCCUGACGUUCACCAAAAAAGCUUCCGACAUGUUCCCAACUAACUACACCAAAGUAUGGAAUGAGUGCCUGACCUUGAUAAGGGGCUGGGAAAAAUUGUUCCUUACUUAGACGGAACGAAUUGUGGCUAUUAAAAUGUCGGUACUACCGAAACUACAAUAUGUGUUUCGGAACCUCCCGUUAAAGGUACCACAAUCUUACUUUAAAACCAUACAAUCGAAGCUACUGCAGUUUACCUGGGGAGCAAAACGGGCGAGAAUUUCUUGCAAACUACUAUCCGCACCAGUGAAACACGGGGGCAUGGCGUUUCCAAAUGUAAAAGCCUACUAUCAGGCGGCAGCCUUAACCCCUCUAUUAACACAUUUGGUGAGGAACAACCAACCACAAUGGGUACACCUAGAGAACCUAGCUGUUAAGCCCUUUGCAAUCCACAUCCUGACAUGGCUGCACAAAUCAAACAGACCAACUACACCGUUACUACCAUUACAAGUACAACUAGCGUUACAGAUUUGGGACACGCAUAGGAGGAAGUUUGAGACAGCCAACCCCCUCUCCAUGGCAACUCCCAUAGAAGCCAUAACAUACUGCAUCCCAACAUUUCACGCAAUGCCGUGGAAGGACAAGGGAAUCUCACACCUAGCUCAGGUCUUUGAAUCAGGCAAGCUGAUGGGUUUUGACCGUCUUAACACGAUCUUUAACCUGCCACACACAUCAAGCUAUUCAUACAUCCAACUUAAAUCCUUUCUACAUACACGUAAUAAAGAUAGUAGAAAUGAGACUACAAUUGCCAGUGCGCUAUCGACCUGGGAACAAACAGGCAUCACAGGCAAACUACCCCAGACCUUCAAACCCUUAUCUGGCUGCUACAGACUUAUUCUACCAUACCAAUCCCUUUCUGACUCCACUCCAGCACACCAAUGGGAAAUGGACCUCCAAACUCCCAUCACUGAGAAACAGUGGUCUUCUAUCACAUCUUCCACUAGAAAAUUGAUCAAAUCUGCUCCCCUUAUAGAACAACACCAGAAAACAAUAUAUCGGUGGUAUAUGGUGCCGCUACGUAUACACUGGACCUCCACACCACGCCUCCCAUCACUGAGAAACAGUGGUCUUAACUGAUCACAUCUUCCAUCUAGAAAAUUGAUCAAAUCUGCUCCCCUUAUCAGCUAACAACACCAGAAAACAAUAUAUCGGUGGUAUUAUGCCGGACGUAUAGGUGUACCGCGUACGACGUGUGGAGAUGCAAACAAGAGAAAGACUCGGUCCUCCACAUUUGGUGGAAAUGUCCACGCCUAAUCAGGUAUUGGGAAGACACAGGAAAAAUCAUUGCAGAUACUACCACCAUCCACCUACCCUUUGACCCUAAGACCUUUUUACUGUUAGAUAUACCCAGAGAAACACCCACACAAGCGAGAAAAUUAAUGUACCACGUCCUGCUAACCGCACAAAAACUGAUCGCACGACUCUGGAAAACAACAGACACCCCUAGCAUUCCUGCCCUCAUCCAAGACAUAGACAAGCAAGCUAUUUACGAAACAAGCUUUUCCAAAGCGCAGAAUAGCACCAAAUGUAGUGGUAGCACAUGGGAACAGUGGCGAGCUUGGAGAAAAGCUAACGCACAACACGUACCCACCAAUCACAACUUAAAAUAA